GCGGGAGCCGGAGUCGCCGCCGCCCGAGCGCAGCAGAGCGCACGCCGAGCCCGUCUGUCGCCGCCAUGGCCACCACGGUGACCUGCACCCGCUUCACCGACGAGUACCAGCUCUACGAGGAUAUUGGCAAGGGGGCUUUCUCUGUGGUCCGGCGCUGUGUCAAGCUCUGCACCGGCCAUGAGUAUGCAGCCAAGAUCAUCAACACCAAGAAGCUGUCAGCCAGAGAUCACCAGAAACUGGAGAGAGAAGCUCGAAUCUGCCGCCUUCUGAAGCACUCCAACAUCGUGCGACUCCACGACAGCAUCUCGGAAGAAGGCUUCCACUACCUGGUCUUUGAUCUGGUGACGGGUGGGGAGCUCUUCGAAGACAUCGUGGCCAGAGAGUACUACAGUGAGGCAGAUGCCAGUCACUGCAUCCAGCAGAUCCUGGAGGCGGUUCUCCAUUGCCACCAAAUGGGGGUCGUUCACAGGGACCUCAAGCCGGAGAACCUGCUCCUGGCCAGCAAAUGCAAAGGGGCUGCGGUGAAGCUGGCGGACUUUGGCCUGGCCAUUGAGGUGCAGGGAGACCAGCAGGCAUGGUUUGGGUUCGCUGGCACGCCAGGCUACCUGUCCCCAGAGGUCCUGCGCAAGGAGGCAUAUGGCAAGCCAGUGGACAUCUGGGCAUGUGGGGUGAUCCUGUACAUCCUGCUCGUGGGCUACCCACCCUUCUGGGAUGAAGACCAGCACAAGCUGUACCAGCAGAUCAAGGCGGGAGCCUACGACUUUCCAUCCCCUGAGUGGGACACAGUCACUCCUGAAGCCAAAAACCUCAUCAAUCAGAUGCUGACCAUCAACCCCGCCAAGCGCAUUACCGCCCACGAGGCACUGAAGCACCCGUGGGUCUGUCAACGGUCCACCGUGGCCUCCAUGAUGCACAGGCAGGAGACCGUGGAGUGCCUGAAAAAGUUCAAUGCCCGGAGGAAGCUCAAGGGGGCCAUCCUCACCACCAUGCUGGCCACGAGAAAUUUCUCAGUGGGCAGACAGACCACCGCUCCGGCCACAAUGUCCACCGCGGCCUCCGGCACCACCAUGGGGCUGGUGGAACAAGCCAAGAGUUUACUCAACAAGAAAGCAGAUGCAGUGAAGCCCCAGACGAACAGCACCAAAAACAGUGCAGCUGUGACCAGCCCUAAGGGGACGCUCCCUCCGGCCGCCCUGGAGCCUCAAACCACCGUCAUUCAUAACCCUGUGGAUGGGAUCAAGGAGUCGUCGGACAGCACCCACACCACCAUAGAGGACGAAGACACAAAAGGUGGCUGUGUCCCUGCAGCACGGAAGCAGGAGGUCAUCAAGAUCACGGAGCAGCUCAUCGAGGCAGUCAACAACGGGGACUUUGAAGCCUAUGCGAAAAUCUGUGACCCAGGCCUGACCUCCUUUGAGCCUGAAGCCCUGGGCAAUCUGGUGGAAGGGAUGGACUUUCACAGAUUCUACUUUGAGAACCUGCUCGCCAAGAACAGCAAGCCUAUCCACACGACCAUCCUGAACCCGCACGUGCACGUCAUCGGGGAGGACGCUGCGUGCAUCGCCUACAUCCGCCUCACGCAGUACAUCGACGGGCAGGGCCGGCCCCGCACCAGCCAGUCUGAGGAGACGCGCGUGUGGCAUCGCCGUGAUGGCAAGUGGCAGAACGUACACUUCCACUGCUCGGGCGCACCCGUGGCCCCGCUGCAGUGAAGAGCCGCGGCCCGAGUCGCGGGACAGACUCAGUGUUUGGAGCCCGGCCACCCCACGGUGGCCUGCCUGUCGCAUGUUUGUGUCUGCCUCGUUCCUCCCCUGGUGCCUGUGUCUGCAGAAAACCAAGACCGGACGUGAUUUCUUUUUAACAACAAGACAACAACCACAGAAACAAUUGAUGUUGGAUGAAAUGAAAAAAAA